GCUGAGCGCAGUCAUGCCGUGACAGUAUUCAAAUGACUCCACACAAUUCGCGAUUGAAAUCCAGUAGAGUUCCAUUACCCCCGAGUUUACGUUGAUUGUUCAGUGUUAAACACCAGCAACUAUAUACAAGAACUAUAGGACUGUUCCCGGAUUUGUGUUAUAUGCGCGGCUAUGUGUCUCGGGCGCGGUGCCGAUGGCGCGGGCUGAGCGGCCGCGGCUAGGCGCCCAUGCGCGCCUGGCUCCUGCUGUGUGCGGCGCUCGCGCUCGCGCCGAGCCGGCCGCGCGCCGCCGCCGCCUCGCACAGGUCCCGCGCCGAGCCGCUCGAGCCGGCGCGCCUCGAGCACAUCAAGACACAAAUACUAGCCAAGCUGGGGCUCACGUCGCGGCCGACGCCGCUCGGGGCGCCGCCUCGUGACGUCGUGCGUCAGAUCCUGGCGCGAGCGGCCGACCCCCGGCCCGAGCGCCGCCCGGACACAGAGCAAAGCAUGAGAGAAAUCAUAGCGAUAGCACACAGAGGUACCCGACACACAAACGGUGGCAGGCACGACAGCGUCAGUGAUGUCGCGUCACUGACGCUAUCGCACACUCCCGAUCGUGGCGUCAAGCGUCACCCACAUACGACAAAGACAUAUUUAAAGCCUAUUAUUUUACUUUCGAUGAAGUAAAAGGUAAUUUCUUACUAUAAUACUAUUUGCUAAGUUUCUUGAUAGAUAUUUCGGAAUGAGAUCUGCAUUUCGAGUCGGAUUUAUAGUCACAACACAGAGAUAAAACAUUAAGUAAAGAAUAACAUCUGCAUUUAAAGCUGGGAAAUUAAUCGAAUGGUUUUACCAUUCGAUUAAUUUCCCCAAAAGCCUCCCAAACUUUUAACUCACUUUAAAUAUAACUUAACUAAUUACACAAGCAAUGCUCAAAUGGAAUGAUGCCAAGAGUGCAGGCUGCAAUUAUGUACUUAACAGGUUGAUACUUUGCGCGGAAGAUGAGCCCUUCUAGAUAAGCCUAUCACAUAAUUUUUUAAUAAAAAUUUACCACGAUCCAUGUGUACAAAGUUUCAUACCUGGGACUUAGUACCAAGUUAAGUUUUAUAAUUAAGAUAACGAUAAGCACUUUGAAAUGCUAAGCCUACCUAAUUAAGAAAGAAAGAAAGAAAAGUAUCUUUAAUAAUAAAAUU